CUACAACCGAGGAUCACACAAAUUUGCAGUUUGUUCACCACGCUCCACUAGAUUCGAUAACAUUAAAUACUGGGUUGUAUAUUCGUAAGUUUCUGCCAAUUUCUUCACUAGUCACCUUAUGAAAUGUGUAUAUUGCAAGUUUCAUGUGAGUCCUCUGUCAUACAAAUCCACUUGGACAGUAUCUAGUCAGUGUCUCAUAUAUGAUAACAAGUGUUAUCUCAUCAUUAUUUGCAAGAUACAUUGGACCAAAUAUUAAAAUGAAAUGUAAUGUUUCGAUAAUUCUCAUCCGACAAAUCGACGUUGUCAGUACGUAGAAUUACUCCCUACUCAUUUCCAAACACUUUGGAAUAAGACUGACUAACAAUAUGAAUAGAUUGAAUUUCAGCAUGUACACCAUCGUAGUUUGACUGAGUAGUCUGGAGGCUAAGUAAUUCUGUGUGUGACGGAAUAGGCUAAGUCUCUUCACUGUUUCAAGUGGUUGUUUAACACAUAUUGUUCGUCCAUAUUCACGAUGAAAUUACAAAACCCCAUUAACAUCUUGUUGCGAUGUUGAUUCCAGCUGAAUAUUACAGUAUCCAACAACAAUGUAAACCGAAUCAGUAGUAAACAUGAUUUGAUGAACUUCAUUAGGAAAAUGUCUCUUCAUUGACUUGAUUUGCUACAUUGAGUCACACAGUCUACUGAGGACAUUCUCGAAGGAUUGACCAAGUAGUCACUUCACUGCAUCAGACGAUGUUAAUCUUGUUUGUUAUCAAUUCAAUUAACUACUGGAAAUUUCACACACGAAUAAGGGAGCUGAGUGGAAGUAAAACAGUGGUGUUCCACUCGACAACAUGGAAUAUUAUGUGGUGAAUGAAAUUUCAGUCAUUUGAUGCACUCGAUACAUUGUUUCGAGCAUUUUCGGUAAACCGGAUUGAAUAAUGUUUGUUAGUGUAUUAAACUUGAGGCAUUUUCAUUCAGCUGUUAUGAGCAUAGAAUAGUAUGUGUGAAAUGGAAGACACAUUUCCGAUCGAGUUCAUCAAUGAGUUCACAUAGGAAAUUACUGUAUGUAAGGAUUUCUUUCAGUCUAGUUGUAUGGAAAGCUGUGCAAAUGUUCACAUGUAGUAAAUUAUGUAUAUCAAAACAGUUUAUGUGUUUCUCUAAGACCAUAAGAUUGAAGGAAGUAGACGAAUCCCGGCAUCACAUGAUAUUCCAACCAGAUACAUGUGUUACAGUCAUUCGUCGAGGUGGACUACGAUCAGUUGGAUCCAUAAUGAAGUGUUUAACAUGGCCUGGAAACAGUGUUCAUUCACCUUGUAAUAUACAACGAGAGUCAACGAGGAUGUCUGAUGAAAGUGGGGAAAAUAUUGUUGAUGCACUGGAUCAGCAGUGGAAUUCUGGAGACGAAACACCUAAUGAAUUUGACCCAGGUUCACCAGAGAAAGACAGUGGAAAUGUCGAUAUUAUUACCAAGUGA